CUCUUCUCUUGAAAAUUUGUUAAUUUUCAACCAUUUUCGCUCCAGACGAAGAGACAAAGUUGGCUGCUUGGGCCAAGAGAUCCAUUCUGGUUCAAUUUCUGUAAUUUCACGAUCCAAACCAGAAGGAGUCCAAUCGUUCUUGGAUCUGAAAUUCCUCUUUGGGAAUCAAACCCUAGCGAAAUCCUCCAUGGAUCUGCCUCCUCUCUACUUAGCUCUCUUCUUGUUUCUUUCGAUUUCUGGAGCCUUCGCCGAGAUCCGGUCAACGGAGAUCCGAUCCGAUGAUCGACCAAUCAUCCCAUUGGACGAAUUCGGGUUCACUCACAUGGGUCGACUCGAGCUCAACGUCUCGAAGAUCUCGCUCUCGACUGAUAACCCUGAUCUGGAUCUGUCAAAGGUCGGAUUCUUCCUCUGCACAAGGGACGCUUGGUUUCACGUGAUUCAGCAGCUGGAGGAAAGGGAGGUGACAUGCGCUCUCAAGUCGGAUCUGGUGAAGCAUGUCUUCACCUUCAACAAUCUCAAAGGCGACAAGAGCAGCUUCGACACCGUGUUCACCGAGAACGACGCCGAUCAGUACUCUUUGGUCUUCGCUAACUGCCUGCAGCAGGUCAAAGUCAGCAUGGAUGUCAGAUCCGCCAUGUACAACCUCGAAAAAAAGAGCGGCCGCCGGGAUUACCUCUCCGCCGGAAAAACCGGCCUUCCCAAGGUCUAUUUCUUCUUCUUUCUGGUAUACUUCUUUCUCGCGGGAACUUGGAUCUACGUCCUGUAUAGGAAACGCCUCACCGUCUUCGCCAUCCAUUUCUUCAUGUUGGGCGUUGUGGUUUUGAAAGCUUUGAACCUGUUGUGUGAGGCUGAGGAUAAAUCCUACGUCAAGAGAACUGGAAGUGCUCACGGUUGGGAUGUGUUGUUCUACAUAUUCAGUUUCUUAAAGGGAAUCACUCUGUUCACUCUGAUCGUCUUGAUCGGGACGGGAUGGUCCUUCUUGAAGCCAUACUUGCAGGACAAGGAAAAGAAGGUCUUGAUGAUUGUUAUUCCCCUCCAGGUCGUGGCUAACAUUGCCCAGGUGGUUAUCGAUGAGACCGGGCCGUAUGGCCAUGACUGGAUCACAUGGAAACAGAUCUUUUUGCUUGUUGAUGUCAUUUGCUGCUGUGCUGUUCUGUUUCCGAUUGUUUGGUCGAUCAAAAACUUGCGGGAGGCGGCCAAGACUGACGGGAAGGCUGCUGUUAACUUGAUGAAGUUGACUUUGUUUAGGCAAUACUACAUUGUCGUUAUCUGCUAUAUCUACUUCACCCGUGUCGUUGUCUAUGCCUUGGAGACCAUUACCUCUUACAAGUACCUCUGGACCAGUGUGGUUGCCGGAGAGGUGGCCACACUUGCGUUCUACAUCUUUACGGGCUACAAGUUCAGGCCAGAGGUGCACAACCCUUACUUUGUGGUUGAUGACGAGGAGGAAGAGGCUGCAGCAGAGGCCCUGAAGCUCGAAGACGAAUUUGAAUUGUAAGUCAAUGGCUGGAAUCUCUGGGACUGGUGAAGAUACAAACUUUCUUGAACAAGAUUGAGAUUGAGAUUGAAGCUGGCCGGGUGAUCAAAUCAAGUCGUAUCAUCAUUCACAAAAUGCAGAGACUGUUUUGGUUUUGAUUUCUUAUGAUACUUAUAUGGACUCCUUUGUAUUGGAUAGAAUGUGUAUUACUGCUGGUUGCGCAUAACGUUUUAGUAUACUCAAGCCUUGCCUUACGUUUGAUAA